CGAGCGCCGAGCGUGCUUUUGCUCCGCCUCCUCCGGCCUUGUCUUGGAGGCGGCUGGGGCUUGAAGUGUCCGCCUAAUCUGGACUGGGCGAGUACCAUGCUGCCCGGCCCGCCUCGGCUUUGAGGCAAGAGGAACGUCCCAGACCCCUUUCAACUUGGUGACAGCGUGUAGCCCUGGCAGCUAUGUCCACGGGGUUCUCCUUCGGGUCUGGGACUCUGGGUUCCACCACUGUGGCUGCCGGUGGGACCGGCACAGGCGGCGGUUUCUCCUUCGGGACUGGAGCAUCUAGCAACCCUUCUGUGGGGCUCAAUUUUGGAACUCUUGGAAGUACUGCGACUCCAGCAACUACAUCUGCUUCUGGUGGUUUUGGAACUGGGCUCUUUGGAGCUAAACCUGCCACUGGGUUCACUCUAGGAGGAACAAAUACAGGAAUAGCAACAACUAUAACUACAAGAUUAACUGUGGGAACGCCAGCCAAUACAUCUGCAGCUACAACAGGCUUCAGUUUAGGAUUCAGUAAACCUGCAGCGUCUGCCACACCGUUUGCUCUCCCUAUUACAUCUACCUCAGCUAGUGGUCUGACUCUUUCAUCUGCCCUGACGUCAACUCCAGCAGCAUCCACAGGAUUUACUUUAAAUAAUUUGGGUGGAACAACAGCCACAACUACAACUGCAUCUACAGGCCUUUCUUUAGGGGGAGCCUUAGCUGGUUUGGGAGGUUCGCUUUUCCAGAGUACAAACACAGCAACAACAGGACUUGGACAGAAUGCUUUAGGCUUGACUUUAGGAACUACGGCAGCUACUACUUCAGCUGCAGGCAAUGAAGGCCUGGGUGGUAUAGAUUUUAGUAGCUCAUCAGAUAAAAAGAGUGAUAAAACAGGAACAAGACCAGAGGAUAGUAAAGCACUGAAGGAUGAAAGUCUACCUCCUGUCAUCUACCAGGAUGUUGAAAAUCUCCAGAAAUUUGUGAAGGAACAAAAACAAGUCCAAGAAGAAAUUAGUAGAAUGUCGUCAAAAGCAAUGCUUAAAGUACAAGAAGAUAUUAAAGCUCUAAAACAGCUUCUGUCAUUGGCUGCCAGUGGAUUACAGAGAAACACUCUCAAUAUUGACAAAUUGAAAAUAGAAACUGCUCAGGAAUUAAAGAAUGCUGAAAUAGCUUUAAGAACCCAGAAGACACCACCUGGACUUCAACAUGAAAAUACAGCUCCUGCGGACUACUUCAGAAUCUUGGUUCAACAAUUUGAGGUACAGCUUCAGCAGUACAGACAACAGAUUGAAGAACUAGAAAAUCAUCUUGCCACUCAAGCAAAUAAUUCACAUAUAACUCCACAAGAUUUGUCAAUGGCUAUGCAGAAAAUUUAUCAAACAUUUGUAGCUUUAGCUGCACAACUUCAGUCUAUUCAUGAAAAUGUAAAGGUGCUCAAAGAACAGUACCUUGGCUAUAGGAAAAUGUUCCUGGGAGAUGCUGUAGAUGUGUUUGAAGCCAGGCGAGCAGAAGCUAAGAAGUGGCAGAAUGCACCCAGAGUUACUACUGGACCCACACCUUUCAGCACCAUGCCAAACGCAGCAGCUGUUGCCAUGGCUGCAACACUUACACAGCAGCAACAGCCUGCUACAGGGCCACAGCCAUCUCUGGGAGUUAGUUUUGGAACGCCAUUCGGCUCAGGUAUUGGCACUGGCUUGCAAUCAAGUGGCUUAGGUUCUUCAAACCUUGGAGGAUUUGGAACUAGCUCUGGUUUUGGAUGCAGCACCACAGGGGCCUCCACAUUUGGAUUUGGAACAACAAAUAAACCCUCAGGAAGUCUUAGUGCAGGCUUUGGCAGCUCAAGUACAUCUGGGUUUAACUUCAGCAAUCCUGGCAUCACGGCAUCAGCUGGUUUGACAUUUGGGGUGUCCAAUCCUGCCUCUGCAGGUUUUGGAACAGGAGGACAACUCCUUCAGUUGAAGAAACCUCCAGCUGGAAACAAAAGAGGAAAAAGAUAAAACAUAUGGGGUGAUGUGUUGAGAGAAUCCAUAGCAGCACGUUCAUUCUAUGAAUCUAUUUUUCUAAUGAUGCAGUAAUUAAUUGCAUCCCGGGAGAUUUCUAAAGUUUUGAUAUUUUUCCCUACUCUGGAAUUUGAACUUUGUUCAUUUUUGCCAUACUAAACAUCUUUUUUCUUGUGAAUUUAAAACUUAGUUGUGUUUUUGUUGUUCUUGUUAAAUUGGUCUCAUAAGAAAUGUUCUGAUUACAUCACUGAUUGAUAAUGGUAAGAAACCAUUAGCCUAAAACCUACUAUCAGACCUAGUGUUAACAUCAAUGUUUUUGUGGUAAGUUUUACAUUAUGUGAAUAUAUACACAUGUGUUUCUUAUACAGAUGGUUGUGAACUCUAGGGCCUAUACUAGAAUCAUUUUGUUCCUUGAUAAAGGCCUUUUGAAUUACACUGCAGGGCAUCUUGUGAAUAUGUGUGUAAAUAUAUACAGAAUAAUACACACACUUGUGUGUACAUAUAAAAAAAUAUAUUUACGGACCUACAACUUUUGCCUCAGACUUUCCCCUUUUCUAAGGGUAUUCAAUUUUUCACCUUUUAAGCUUCAUAUCCUCAAUGCUUGUAGAAUGAUGAGUACCAGGUUAUUGAAGUUGUUUGCUUUAAAGACUUACUGAAAUGGUUACUGGCUUAAAUAUUUGACCAACUAAAUUUCAUUGCCCACAUUCUUUUUCAUUUUUGUUUCUACCAUAACCAUUCACAGUUACUUGAAAUAAGGAAUGCUUUAAGACUAAUCAAACAGGGGCGGCACCAGCCCCAUAUACCAGAGGUGGUGGGUUCAAACCCAGCCCCGGCCAAAAAUGCAAAAAAAAAGGACUAAUCAAACAGAUUUUAAUGACUUAUUAUCCUCUAUAAUAUCCUCAUUUGCUUCUAUGAAAGUUUUUUUUUUUUUUUUUUUUUUUAUCUGAAAUGGACCUUCAGGAGCAUUUUUGCACUCCAGACUGGCAGACUGGUGUUCUGGGGGCAAAGAGCUAUUAAGCCAAAUUGGUUCUAUGCAGGUCAAGGAUGUACUAUUGCUUGAGUGAGAACUUUUCUAGCUAUUCCAAUACAGCGUUCUUUCUUAUAGGGCUAUUAGAUAUUGACACCAAAUGGAGUGGCUUCUCAGCCUCUUAACGUCUUAAGUAAGUGCUUAAUUUGGAAUAGAGAAACAAUAUAUUUUAAGAAAGAAAAAAUAUCCUUUGUAGCAACUAUAAACUCUCCCAUGUUAUAUCAGUGAACAGAGCUCCAGGUAAUAAUGCAUAGGCAUGUCCGGUCGCAUCUGUAUAUUUGUCUAUAUUAGUAUUAGUGACAUUGAGUGGAUCAAAAGGAAAACCCUUGGAAAGAGAACUGCCUUAGCUAUGUAUGACUUCAGAGAGAAACCAUUAGGUAGAACUAUUUAUCUUUCAAGUACAGUUUUCAGAUAGGAUGUGAACAUGGACUUUCCUUAAACAUAGUUUAAUUUUUUAUAUAAAAGGUUUUGUACAUAAUGUGCAUUAGUGAAGAUUUUCAGAAUCAUUUUCACCAGGAUAUCUUUUUUCUAAAAUAGAUAUUACAUACAUACACACACCCAUAUGUUUUUAGUGUAAUGUUAGUUGGGUUUAAUUAUAAAAGUGUUACCACAUCUGUUUUAUUUAUCUGCAUAUAGCAAUGAUUGGUUUCUUUGAAGUUUUUGCGCCUUGAUGCAAAAAUAGGAAAAUUAUUUGUCUCUGAGCACUAAACUUGUCUUUACUUUUGCAUAUUUCUCUAAUACUUCAGAUCCAGAUGGUGGGGGAAGUUAGGAAAAAGGUAUAAUUCUGUAUUUUGAAUUAAUGUCAGAAUUACAUAUGUAAUUACAACAAACUUUUUUUAAAAGGACAUUGCAUUGUGCUGCAAAAAUCUGAAUAUUUAUAUUUCUUGUUUUUUUUCUUUAUAUAUUUUACAUUUUAAUAUGUUGAACCACUGGAAAUUUGUAACGGAUUAAUUUUGUGAUAGGAGUUUAAAUGUGUUGUCAUUGUCUCCAUUGUCUUCACUUUGUCCGGAGCCUAUUAUUAUGGAAACAAUAAAAUUUAUUAUGUCA